UCAUGGCCUGUAAACUUCUCUUCCUUGCAUUCCUAGCUUUAAGCCUAGGUGAUUGUGCACUGGGAGCUCUCAGCUCCUCGUUCUACGCCACCUCAUGCCCGAAUCUCACCAACAUCGUGCAUGCCGCAGUGCAGCAGGUCGUUGCGUCCGAACCCAGAAUGUGUGCUUCGCUAAUCCGCCUCUUCUUCCACGAUUGUCAUGUGAACGGCUGCGAUGCGUCGAUUCUCUUGGCCGGAGCGAGCCUCGAGCAGAACGCGUUCCCGAACAUAAACUCGGUGCGAGGAUACGACGUUGUCAACAACAUCAAGGCUCUCAUCGAGGCCCAGUGCCCCGGGAAGGUGUCUUGCGCGGACGAGCUCGUCUUGAUCGCCCAACAAUGCGUCACCGCACUUGGAGGCCCAUCCUGGAGCGUCCUCUUCGGACGAAGGGACAGCCUAAACGCGAGCCAGUCGGCAGCGAACACAAACCUCCCACCUCCCACCUUCAACGUCUCGGCGCUCAUCGCAAACUUCAAGGCCCACGGCCUGUCGCUCCAGGACAUGGUCGCCCUCUCUGGAGCCCACACCGUCGGGAAAUCCCACUGCUCCAGCUUCAAGCCCCGCCUCUACGGCCCCUUCCAGGCCCCGGACGCCAUGAAUCCCACCUUCAACACUUCGCUGCAGGGCCAGUGCCCCAACGUGAGCUCCAGCGACAACAAUCUCGUGGAUCUGGACCAGCUCACGCCGGUGGUGUUCGACAACAAGUAUUUCGUGGAUCUCUUGAACGGCACCGGGGUGCUCUUCUCGGACGAGACGCUCGCCAUCGGUGGCAACUCCACUGCCGAGUCGCUGGUGUGGACUUAUGCAUCCAACCAGACGCGCUUCUUCCUGGAUUUCGUGACUGGGAUGAUCAACAUGGGGAACGAGAGCCCGCUCCAAGCUCCGAAUGGACAGAUCCGGCUCAAUUGCUCCCGGGUCAAUUGAUGGCGAAUAGUCCCUCUAAGAAGCUGGCCUCUGGCUGAGGUCUCUUUCCAAAGCACUAGUGUGUUUUCUGGAAUGAAAUGGAUUUGGUUUUUGUUUUUGUUUUAGCUAGCUGCAGCAAGAAUCUUCAACGAAAUGCCCGAGUGCAAUUAUUUCCGGCACUCAGGCAACCAACUUAAAUAUGGAUCAAAACCAAGCUUCUAAGAGUCAUUGAUCUGAUAUCUUUCGUAAUGGGAUCAUAUUUCCAAGGUC